UUUUGGUACUAAAAUAUUGAAUCCUUUUCCUUGCUAUCAUCCGACACAACAUCUAUUCAAAAAGUUACGAGCAUUUAAUGACGAAAAUCAUGUACUUGUAGUAUAAGACGUCGAACAUUCAAAAUAACUUUGUAGAAAAUUAAUUCUACUUUUUUCUAUCGUACAAUCAAAUAACGCAAAUUUCCAUUAAACAUGGAUAAAAGAAAAAUGUCGACAGCAGGGGAUUCCCUGUACCAAAUAUUAGAAAUUCCAAAAACUGCCACUCCUGAGGAAAUCAAAAAAACUUAUAGAAAAUUAGCAUUAAAAUAUCAUCCUGACAAAAAUCCAAAUAAUCCAGAAGCAACAGAAAAGUUUAAAGAAAUAAAUAGAGCCCAUUCUAUAUUAACAGAUUUAAGUAAACGAAACAUAUAUGAUAACUAUGGGUCCCUUGGAUUGUACAUUGCUGAACAAUUCGGCGAAGACAAUGUUAAUGCAUACUGUGUUAAUUGCCGUUGGUUCAAUGCACUCUUCUUCUUUUGUGCUUUGAUAACUGCGUGUUAUUGCUGUUGUUGUUGCUGCUGUUGCUGCAACUUCUGUUGUGGCAAGUGCAAGCCUACACCACCAGAAGAUAGUGGAGCAUACCAUAAUUUACAGCGUGACCAGAAUCCAGAUGUCGAUGUCGUGACGAAUCAACCCAGAGCCCCGGCCAAGGAAGAAGAAAGUGACGAGGAUGCGAUCAUAGCGCAACCACAGGGUGGUCCUCCAAAUAAUUCUAACAACCAGCAACCCAUUUUCGCCAUGCCCCCGCCACCCACUACAGCUGAUGAAAACACAAACUUAAACAGUGGUGCUGAAAGAGUUAUUUACACGACUGCGGCAUCCACAAACCCCUUCGCUGCAGUAAAUGUUGGAACGACCGAUACGAGUACAACAAAAUGGUAGUCGCCGAAAGAUAGAGACAUUAUGGGGGUAUGAGCGUUAGAAAAUUCGUUCUAUAAUUUUUCAGGGGGUAGAAUUUAUGUACCUAUAUGAAUGAUGUACCAAGCAAAGAUAAAAUUUUGAAAAUAGUUCCAAUCAUUGAAGUUAAAAAUAAUCAACAUUAAUUAUCUAACAUAAAUUAUGAAAUUUAAAAAAAAUUCUGGGGUAUUUAAGUUUUUUUUUAUUAAGAAUCUUUAGAGUUUAAAAUAUGAAAUGAAUGUUCGUACGUAAAUACACCCCCUUCUGCGAAUAGACGUACCAGAAAAGUGACAAAGAUGGACCUUGGCAUAUAAUAUUUCAUUCACAGAUUUUCUAACAUUGUCAAUGGUAAAAACAAUAUAAUGAUAAACAUUUUGUCAAUGCAUGAAACACGUAAACAAAAUAUACGUACGCGAGUAUAAAUAUCAAUGGCUUAAAAUGAAUAGAAAACAUUGUUAAAAUUCCUGUUAAUUAAUCAUACCGUUAUGUGUUUAUCAUUAGUCUUGUUUAAUAUGAUAAUUAAUAUAGCGAUCGUUCAAAUGAAAUAAAAUAAAAAUUAUUCAUUUGUACAGUUAUAAAUGUAUCCAACUGCUACUUGUUCCAAUAGAUUUAUUUUAAAUAAUAAUUUUGCCAUAUAAAAGAUAGUUAUGUACAUAUAAGGAGUCAAUUCGUUUGAAUGCGGCACUUCCAGUGUUUAUUAGGAUGAUGUAAAAUUAAUGCACAGUAUUAAUAUUCGUUUCGAUUAUUUAUAUUCGCCGAGAAUAUUUUAAAUUUAUGAAAAAGUAGAUUCUAGGAGAAAAGAUUUAUUAUAUUGUUAAGUAAAUGUUAUGGGAAAUGAUAGAGGGAGAAAGACUUUUCUUUGAAAUAUUGUUUUAUACAACAACUAAUUUAUAAAAAAUUGUAAAUUGGAAAAUGAAUUAUGCUUUUAAUUAUUAAAGUUAAUAUUUGUAGUACAUGUACUGAAUAUGCUAAACUUUACAAUCCUCCAAUUUUUUACUACUUUGUUGUAAAGUAAGUAUUCUAUACAACAAAUGAGUCAAGAAGCUUGUUUCAGCUUUCAUGGAACUAAUUCCUAUUCAUAUUCAAUAUGUAUAUCUUUAUAAGUUACUUGAGAAAUGUAACAUAGAAAAUCGUAUGUGGUCUAUAAUUUUUAAUGUAAGAAUGAUAUUAAUAGACAUUAUUGUAUUCCAGGGAAACUGAAAAACUAUUUUUUAUUGUAAUAUAAGUAAUUGUAAAACAAAUAGUACAGAUUGUAUUAAUUUUACAACAUCCUAAUAUUAAUUAAUAAGUCGUUACACAGACAUAUGCCGUGAACUAUUUCAUUUAUAAUUAAAAUUAAACAAGUAAAUACUUACGUUACUCUAACAAUCCAAGGCUCGUACUAUAUUUGUAAAUAUCUAUGCAAUGUAUUAUGAAGUAGACAAUUAUUGAACUGGUGUCAUGCAAAUAUCAUGUAUGUGUAGUAUAAUACAUUAUACAUAUAUAAUACGAUUGUACGUAUGCACAUACAUAUGAGUAUGUAUACAGAGUGGGCCAUUUAAAUAAGAGUUUCAGGCAACUCCAAGCUAUGAAUGCACUAUACACAUUUACUUAACAAUUUUCUUGUGUCAAUAAUAGUAAUAGCCAUUACUGAAUUAUACUAAAAGAAUUUUGCAUUCUGUGCAUAAAUAUAUGCAUGCAUGCAUACACUCAUACAUGUAAUUUGUUGUUGAAAAAUCUGUAGAAUACAUUUUACGUGAAUGUAAUCUGUUAUGAACCUAUAUAUAUUUAUAUACACUUAUAUACAUUUAAUCAUGGUUUGAACAAUCUGUUAAAAGAUAGAAGGAGAAUAUGAUCCGUAUGGAUCAUGAGAGUUUCAAUUAAAUAUCUAGCAAUUAAAUAAAAAAUGAAAUGGUCUACACAAAAUUUGAGUACUGAAAGCCACUGUUCCUUUGUGCUAUUUCAUUACCUUCUCUCUUUGAUUUCGAAAUAAAAUAAAUUCAAAGUGUGAAAAAUUGUGUAACUUAUUAUAAGCAUAUUAUAUAAAAAAAAUAA